GGGACAGACGGCUUUAUCUGGCGUUCUCGCACACGCGCUCACACAGAACCCAGCGGUGAGGUGCGGAGGAGAGAGCGGGAGCACGAAAGGAGGAUGAGCGACAGCAGCAGCAGCGGGCGGAGGAAAAGAGGAAAACAAAGCGGCAUCGCCGUGCACUAGCUCGCCGCGUGCCGCUGACGCCAAGGAGGAGAAAGGGGAAACGAAGGACGGGAGCGCGGGAGGAAAGGGAGAACAAUAAAGGGGUCCGGCCGUGACUUUGUGACAGAGAGCGACGGAGUGGAGCAAAGAGUCAAAGGAAGACCACAUCUUAUUAUUUUGCAGGGAGGGGACAGGAAGACACAGAGAAGGAGAGGAUUGUCUGGCUUUCUUUAAAACAAACAAAAAACAUUGACGUGCACUUAGGCAACAUUAGCCUAAUAGAGAGAAUGAUUCUCUUAUAGCAUGGUAGAGACAAUCGCGUUUUUCAGUGUGUCUUUUGAGAUUGUAAUUUUGUAUUUAUGCCAUAUCUUAUAGUGAAAUUGAGACGACACUGUUAUUAACUUGAGAAGAGGAAAGGUUUUCGACCACGCUGUAAAUCUUUUACCCAUUGUGUUCCUGGUCUCGGUCCUUGCUGCAGGAAUAAAUCUGAACAUUCGAGGGAAACUAAACUCAGACACUAGACGCUCAGAAACUAGACUCGCCCGAGCAUCUUGCAUCAGCUGUUCUAUGUUAUAUGCAGAGACUGAGCAACACGCAUACUGUCAGGUUUUUUAUGCAAGCUGCAUAUCCUGUGGUGCAGUGAGACAGGCACAGAACUGAAACCCAGACAAUGAGCAUUAUUUUGAUGUUACGUUAGUUUGUUUCACACAGGACUAGAUUAGGCCUAUAGGCUAACAUGUUUUGUGUGUCUGAAGACUUUUAGUCUCAAGUUUCAGCAAAUGUUCUGUUUGCCUAUAACGUUAGAGUGCUUAUUUGUACGCGUUACUGAGGGCAACAAUGCUCUCAUUUGAAUAGGCAAAAUGGAGUGUGUUUUAGCUUCUGUCUGGCGCUGUCUAUGGUGGCAUGUCGACAUUGAUGAGCUAUUUUACCGGCGCGACGUUUGCCAAUCUCAGAGUUCACUGCCGGCCAUUGACCCGUCUCUGUUGCCGACAGGCGUAAGCGCCGUCUCCCGACGCCGGUGAGGUGAUGUGGGCAAAGUCAUUGUAAGGUGCAGUGGGUUUCUUUGUGUCAGCCCUGUCAUCUGGUGUUUGGGCUCGAGACAAAAUUUUUGUCUAGCGGCAUUCCCCUUCCUAAAUUCAAUUCGUCACCAUAGCAACACGGUGCGCGAGAACUUCUAAUUCUAUCCUUUGUCGGGACGUUCCGGUGCUGCUCCCGUGUGCUCUCGGUACCCUGUGCUGCGUUACCCAGGGAUACCUGCGUGGUUAAGAAUGUCGCCUGGUUAGACUCUGGAGCACUGUGGUCGUGAACCUUCAAAACUGCUCUGAGACUGGAGUCCAGUGGUUGGAAAGGAGCAUUACAAUUUUCCUUUUCUACAGAUUUCUGUCUCCCCUUGGCUAUUCAGGUGUUGACCCAGCAUUACAUGAUAGUGUUAUUCUCCCCCUCACCUUACUGAAAUAUAAUGGCUGCUUCAGUCACUGCAGCAGAAUUAGUCUUUUGUAUUGUGUGACUUUUCAGAUUCACAGUUGUGUGUGUUUGUUUUAAGUGCAGCCUAUGUGUGUGUGACCAUGUUUCUGUCUUUUACAAAAGUGUAGGACACUCAGGCUCCAGGUCUCCUCAGAGGGACUCUAACCUUCACUGUGCUGCACCAACCAUGCACUACAACUGAACAGUGAACACCAAAUCCAUUAGCAGGUCUCUCUUUAAUCCUAAUAACUUACACUGGUGCUCUUUCUUCACCCGUUCUGUGUUUUUUGCGUGCUAACCUGCUCAUGCAGCGGUGCUCUCCAACUGGUGCUUGGAACGUUGGUGUGUGAACUGGUGCUCGUCACAGAACAAAGUCUAUGUAGGUGACCUGCACUGACACUGUCUGGUGUAGCCUACCGUCCGGUGUCUGCUGUUAACUGGUUCAGAUAGGCAGAUAAUAGUUUACUUUUCUUAGCAUCAGGACACUUACUCUCAAUCAUUACCUCUGAUACUUUAAAGACCUGGCAUUUAAACCCACAUUGCAUUAACAACUGGAGUGCUUGUGACAGUUCUGUCUGUAGAUCAAGAACUUUGACAAGCUUAGUCAAAAUUUCUUUGGAAAACAACUGUUUUUUAGGGGCACAGGACACAUGACCCCCACAGCACUGUUUAUAGUUUUUUUUUUUUUUCCUUCAUAAAUUGAGGUUUUCUUGAGUUACGCCAGAUGUGUUUGUUUGUUUGUUUGUUUCUCUCCCCUGUGCUCUUUAAUCUCAGAGACAAGUUUUGUCAUCAUAGGUACCAUCUUGCGUUAGCGUCUGUAGUGUAGAUUGUUUCCACCCCUGUUCCACGCACCCUUUUUCAAUUCCACCAUUUCUGUUGAAAUGGGAUGCAAUUUCUUUUGUGUGCACACACAGACACAAAGCAGAAGGUGCAUAAGCAGCUAUGCUAUUUUAAACUCUCAGUGAAAGACCAUUAGUGUCUGAAUCCACUUUGAGGCAUGUAAUAUCAUCUUCACUGAUCAUAUCACAGUCCCUUUUGUAAUGCUAUUCCCCGUGUAUAUGUGAGGCUUUGGAUAAAAGCGUUGGCUAAAUACCAGUCACUUUACUUUUACUUUAUAUACAAGAUACACAAAUGAUUAUUUGCUCUCUGGUAUGAAUGUAUUUGGUUCCUUUUGAUACUAAAGUCUUUGUUUGAGACCUCAUUGUUGAUUUGAAUCGGUCACAGACUGCUUAGUCACCCAGCACGGUCACAGAUCCUGGUUGUCUGGAUCGGCAGUCAGAAUCCUUGGACACAGUGCUGGUGUGUGUGUGUGUGUGGGGAGGGGGGGGGGGGUGAUGCAGUCCUGAUGACUUAAGCAUCCUGCCACUCAAGCUCAGUCCAUCAGGAGGAGUAUCCGUGUGUGGGGGGGGGACACGCACCCUCUGCUGCAUAGUCAAAUUUGAGCGAUGACCUUUGUAUCCUUCAGCUGUCUAAUACUAUACAGUCCAUUCAAGCUUUAAAAGAAGUAGAUGGUGACAUUAAGACGUUCUCAAGCAUCAGUCUCUGCCUGCUGUGGCAUUUGACCCAUUGGACUCGUUUCAUAGCAGGAGUCUGAAAAACAUUUUUAAAAAGAAAAGUCCCUGUGAUUUAUUUUCCCCAUUGGUCAUUUUCUGCCCCUGAACACUGGGUUAGACACGUCCGAUGCGCUUCGACUGUUUUGUGCACCACACACACACGACAGACAACAGCUCAUAUUAAAGUUGAUGUUUGCCUGUCGAGGUGUUUUUUGUGGGAUGCCGUAUAGGGCAGAAUUUGUCUUAUGAGACAGGCAUGUGUUCAUUUGUAUGACGUUCAUAUAGGUCCUGACUAGAUUCAUUCUCAGGUAUCUAGGUGGGAGAUAUGUGUGUGUGUGUGUGUGUGUGUGUGUGUGUGUGUGUGUGUGUGUGUGUGUGUGUGUGUGUGUGCGCGUGCGCACGCUUGUUUGGGGCGUCUGAAGGAGACGGGUGAAGUGUUACCGUAACAAGGGUGUGAUUAAUCUCAGUCGCGCCUAACCAGUCCACGCUUCAGGGAUCCCUGGGAAGGGACUACAAAUUGGGCCAAUCAGGUUUCAUUAGCUUUGGAAACAACAGCCCUGUGGAGCAUCAUCAUCAUUGCUCAGGACAGCCGGUGAUUCCACCCCAUCCCUGUCUCCUGUCUCUCUAUCUUUCCAUCUCUGUGUGUGUGUGUCUCUCUCUCAGAAACACACACAAGCAUUGGUCUUACUCAAAUUAGAUCAUAUUCUCAAGUUUCCGCACUUAAACCCAGAGAGAUAGGUUGGUCUGUUUGAGUGUUGCACGUUGGUAGUUUUGUUUUUGGUGCUCUAGUUCAAAUCCACCGUGAAGUCCUUUUCGUUCUCUGAUCUACUGUUUACUUGGGUUAGUUGUUGUUCACGGAACGACACCGCAUUCAACCAAGUUUAACCUGAGCUGCACAGCCAUAAUCCUCACAGCCAUAGAGACUGUAUGGAGCACUAACUAGACACAAGAGAGAGGGUUUACUCCUUUCUUCUACUCUUAACCAGCCUUCUUUUUUAAACUGUGAUGUAUUUAUCAGUGUUUGCAUUUAUUUAGCUAUAUAUAUUCUUUAGCUCUUUCAUCUGUACACUGGAGAAUUACAUUUGGUUUCGGGAAAAUGGCUUGAGCUACUGUGAGCGCAAGUGAGCGAUAAAGUCCUUUUUAUAAAAACACAAGAAGAAAAAAAAAAAAGAAAAGGAGCAGGUCUGGAGAACGGCAAGGUAGAAGAGGGAGGGGGCGUAGGCGUGGGUGUGGGUGAGGGUGAGCACGAGAUCGUGUGGAAGAAGCGCGAGGAGGUGCUGGAGAGGGAGAAGGAGCGCCAACGCCAGCUGGCCAGGGAGGAGGAGGCGCGCCGGCGUCUGGAGAAGUGCAUCGUGUGGCAGCUCCGCGACGGCUUCCAGGAGCGCAAGGGAGGGGAGGGGAGCGCCGAGAGGGGAGGAGGAGGAGGGGGCGAGACGCAGCCGGAGGUGAUCUGGAAACGCCGGCAGGACGAGGAGGAGGAGCGAGGAAGAGACAGGCAGCGUGCACUGGGCAGUGGACAGCAGUCUGUCUGGAGGAAGAGGGAGAGGGGACUGACCGAGGAGGCGUGUGUGGGCUAGGAGGUAGGGAGAGGAGACUGACCGAGCAGGCGUGUGUGGGCUAGGAGGUAGGGAGAGGAGACUGACCGAGCAGGCGUGUGUGGGCUAGGAGGUAGGGAGAGGAGACUGAUAGAGGAGGCAUGUGUGGGCUAGGAGGUAGGGAGAGGAGAGGCAGACAGGAACUUGCGAGAUCUAGAGCGUUGUUUGAGCGGUCAAAACUCUCGGCUCACUAGUGAGUGUGUGGGCUGUUUCGCAUGUGUUCGUGUGUGCCAUGUCUUGCAGCAGCGUGUGUCGGUGGAUUGAUGCUGCGUCAUAGAGAACUUGAGAGGGAUGAAAGUGGACUUUGAGAGCGCCGGUCCUAUCGUGCAAGUGAGUCAGACCGGAGCUGCUGGGCACUGGACUGUCGCGGUUGGUGUGGAGCCACAGUGACCCGCUGCAGCUUUUAAAUCCCGAGAACAGUUCAGCUGCGCGGGUACUACUGUGAGUCUGUUCUGAGGUCCUCUUCCAGAAUGAGCUCUUGUCUGCUGCUGUAAGCUCUCAGAUACAUUUAGUUGAGUCUUAGCUCUUAUCCUUAUCCUUAUCCUUAUCUCUCUUCUCUCUCUCUCUCUCUCUCUCUCUCUCUCUCUCUCUCUCUCUCUCUCUCUCCUCUCUCUCUCUCUCUCUUCAUUCUCUCUUGCUGUAUUGAUCGUCUGUUCAGUGCAUGGCUCCUCUCCCUGGCUCUCUGUGACUAAUAGGCUUUUUUAUGGGAUGCUGUCCGACAGGAACCACUAGAGUAUAGCUCUACCCAUAUACACACACACAUAUAUACAUGCGCACACACACACACACACACACACACACACACACAGUGAAUAGUGAAUGCAUACAUGUUGAGGUUUUUUUUCCCUGACAGACAAUCAUCAGUGGAAGUGGUGCUGUAGUUGUAUUACUAUGCAGGCUCUGCCUUCUUCUCUUCCCAUAACUACUUCAGUAGUCUGAGUUGGAGCAGCACUUAACAAUCCGUUUGCACUUCUUUGUUAUUCUCUCUUUUUGUACCUCUCUGUGGCUCUGUCCUUCACUGUCUCUUCGUUGCCUGCGGUGUUCUUUUGUUUGAUAAUCUUUUGUUUUCUUUUUCUCUCUACACUGACUUGGGCACAAACUGUUUAAAAAACCCGUUGUUGAUGAUGCUGAAGACAUCAAUGUUCCGAGAGGCUUGCAGGACACUUAGUGAGAAGAAAGGCUGUUUGUGCCGUUCAGACCAAGAGACUUUCAGGAGACUGAUCGAAUAGCAUUUAAACAAAACUCCAUCUCAGCUCUCAGACAGCAGUCGGGUUCACUGUCCAUGGAGCUGGUCCCCAAUACCAAGUACAGCCCCUUCCGGAGCGAGUCCCUGAGCUCGACGGACGAGAGCAACCCCCCCCUCGUGUCCGCCCUCGGCCCCCCUGACCCCGCUCACGGCCUCCGUGUAUCCCCCCCCUCGCUCUCGUCCUCCUCCCUCACCCCCAUCCUGCCCCCAGCCGAGAGCAGCCCCACCACGCUCUGCUCCUUCUUCCCCAGGAUGGGGGCCCUGCGCCUGGGCGUCUCGGCUGGCCUGCUCCCUGGCCUCCGGGGCUCCAGCAGGCCGGGCUCCGGGGAGGCCCAGGCCGAGGGUGGAGGAGGGGGGGAGCCGGCGGUGGUGGUGUCGGGUCUCCCCCUGGCCCCCCUGGCUCCUCUCCCGGCGCUGCCCCUGCUAACGGCCCACUCUCCGCAGGACAUGAACCGGCUGGGUGGAGCGUCGCGGCGCGUGCGCGUGGAGGGUGGUCAGCUGGGGGGCGACGAAUGGACGCGCCACGGAUCCUUCGUCAACAAGCCGCAGCGUGGCUGGUUGCACGCCGACAACGUGGUCAGCUCCACCGGCGUCUCCUACACAGUCAGGCAAGAUGGCCUCCUCAUACUUAUUUGGAGCAGUUAUCUGAAAAUAGAAAAAAGAUGUUUGUCAAGUUUCAUGAAACUCCAGCAUGUGCUGUUUCAGUGUAAAAAGCUGACGUCAUGUCAAAACAGACUAAAAAAAGCUGAAAGGGCUGGUUUGAUGCAAUCCAUUUCCUGUGUGCUAGCGUGUCACAUCCUGGAGUGCUCAGAGGGUCUGGCUCAGGAGGUCAUCAGCACCAUUGGCCAGGCCUUCGAGCUGCGCUUCAAGCAGUACCUGAAGAACCCGCCCAAACUGGUCACGCCACAUGACCGGAUGGCUCCAUUUGACGGUUCAGCGUGGGAAGAGGAGGAUGAAGAGGUGGCUCCUGCCCCUGAGGUUCCAUACUAUAACAACUUCCCUGGGAAACAGCCGCCCCCUGGGGGCUUGGUGGACAUGCGCACCCGACCGGGACACAGCACAGGGGCAACGCUGCCCUACGGACAAAACGACAUACACAAGCAGCCGCUGCCUCCACUCCCAGUGGGAGUGAAAGAGGGGGGGCGUGACAUGUUUGAUGACCCCUCCUAUGUCAAUGUGGACAAGACCCGCCCCCCUGCAUCAGCAGCCAAUGGCAACGCUCACAGAGAUGCUUUUGAUAUGAAGCCGUUUGACGACGCGCUGGGCAUCUCUGGCAUGUCCGGCUCGGUGGCGCCCCCGCUGGCCGAGCAGCUGCAGAGCGAGCCCUGGUUCCAUGGCCCACUGAGCCGCAGGCAGGCCGAACGGCUGCUGACGCGCGACGGAGACUUCCUGGUGCGCGAGUCCGGCACCACGCCGGGGCAGUACGUGCUGACGGGACAGCAAGGUGGACAGCCCAAACACCUGCUGCUCGUGGACCCGGAGGGAGUGGUGCGAACCAAAGACCACCGUUUUGAAAGCGUGAGCCACCUGAUCAGCUACCACAUGGACAACCGGUUGCCUAUCGUCUCGGCAGGAAGUGAGGUGUGCCUACAGCAGCCAGUCGAGCGCAGGCUCUGAGCCCACCCAAACUUGCCAUCCACCGACCUGAGGGCGGACACCCCCUCUCACCGACCAGCGCGUUGGCACGUCACACCACCUUCGUCCCUCACCCUCCUCCUCAUCUUACUCCUCCCCCUGCUCACCUAACUCUUAUUUGACCAGACUGUUGGUGGAAGCACUCCAUUUUAGUGCAAAAAAAAAAGACGUAUUUAAAGCGAUGCAGUGAUGACUAACCAACACAGGGAUGUUCACCACCAUGGAGUCAAACAAACGUUUCAGAGAAAAAGAAACGGCCAAAAAUAUGAUGUGACUGUAUCAACUGACCCAGGACAGUUGAAAACUUUACAUAAUACAUAAGGACCUGCAGUUUUAACUCCAAAGAGGACAUUUCAGUAAAAAUGCAGAGAAAAGCAUUUUCAAACCAUCCCACAACUCCAAAGACUUGUCAGAUGUUAUGACACUCUCAGUUUUUUUUCAAAGGCUUUUGUUAAAUGGAUAAAAAAAACGAGCAUUAACCCAAGCCAAUGGGUUGAGCAAUGAGCAAGCCAUCGGCAACUGUUGAUGUCAAUGCCCUCUUAUAAAUAUGCAUACGUUUUCUAACUUGUAGAAUUCGAGGCGUUCACCAUACACUCAUCCCCUUCAAGCCCAGCCAGUUCAGAGGGGCAGGCCGAGCUACCAUCUCAGAGAGACUGCUAAGACAUUUGUUUGUCUUCGUUGUCCUAUAGGAAGGACAAACCAUAGGAAUGGUCACCUUAUCCCCAAAUUAACUGUCUCCUCAAUGGAAUUAUGUCAUUCUCCACCAGAGAGUGAUGCCAAGCAAAGUUCCCCAUAUGCAAGCGAAGGGAGCUGGAGUGUGUGUCUGAGUGUGUGUCUGUCUGUGUGUGUGUGUUUUUUUUGUUGUUUUUUUUUAAUAGGUAUUGAUGCCGUGACAUUUCUGGUGAAGUUGAUGGAAAAAGGGAUCUGUAUGGAAGACUGUGUUGUAUUCUGUGCCUCCACAUAUAUUGGACUGUUCUUGGGGUAAACAGAGGAGGGAACAACAGGAAGAAGCUUCCUCUCCCUGACCCCCAUAACACUCCCCACUGCCCCUUGGUCAUCUCCCGACCCCCUGUCCUCUUAAGCUUCUAGCAAUGCCUCGUCCUACUCUACCCCCCUCACCAUACAGAACCCACUUUUAGCCAGCCACUUUAUGCCUGGUCCAAAAUCACCCCCAACCCCCUGCCAGAGCACCCUCAGUGAUCCCUCUGCCAAAGCUGGAGCUGGAGGUGGCAUGGGGGCAGGACGGGUGGUGUGGUGGUGCCGCUGUGCCAGCUGUCCAGGGCUGUGUGGCUGCUCAGAGACUAAACACUGGCAAGGACAGUGCCAGAGGCUGGAAGGAGCGAGCCAGAGAGAGAGAGAGUGAGACUGAAUACUGUGCUGCCCUGAGCCAAUCAUGACUCAGCACGGGGGCCCAUUUAUGAUGUCACCUCAAAGGGAAAAAAAAAAAAAAUCAACAUCUGUACCGUGAUGUCAUACGGAAGCGCCUCAAACCAUCCAUAGACAUGUAAGGAAACAAAGUAAAAGCAUUCGAGGACUCGUCAGAUAAACCGCGUCGGCAGGUUUUCACUUUCCCUUUUUUUUUAAUCGUAUUGGUGAAUGGAAUGACACGUUUUUUUCAGCAUCGACAAUCUUUGUACAUGAGUACAUGUAUAUCUUUUAGGGAAAACAUGAAGGGACUUCACCGAAUGCACACACACAUACACAUGUGCUUUCAGCCAUAUUUGCUUUCACGAUAGCACCUGUAUAUCUAAAUGCACAUGCACACUGUAGCAUUGCAAUCUGCAUCACUCAUCUGAAUGUCCCGAAAGAAGAGCGAGGGAAAGUUCAAGUGGAAUUUGACGGAUUGAAGUGUGCAGCGUUUGGAGGAGAAGUGUCAGUGAGGCUCCACUCUUUCCCCUCCCUACUCUACUUUUUAUUUCUUUCAGAUUGGGCCUUUCUUUUUCAGAUUGGGGCUUUCUUUUUCAGAUUGGGCCUUUCUUUUUCGAGGAACCUGUGAGCCGAGGCCGAGGUGUGCAGUAAAUCAAGGAAGGAAGGACAAAGACUGUGUUUCAAUUUGCAUACUUUUGUACUUACAAUACCUAAUUUGAGUAUCAUAUUAGGUAUUGUUAGUACAGAAGUAUGCGAAUUGGAACACAGCCAAAAAGAAUGAAAAAUACAAGUGCUGCAAAGGUUACAAUGGUUAGCUUCAGGUGAUGCUUAGCCUCUUUCUGAACUCCUCCCAUUUCAGUACACUCAUUCUGAACUCCUCCCAUUUCAGUACACUCAUUCUGAACUCCUCCCAUUUCAGUACACUCAUUCUUAUUACUAUGCUGGUGUGUUAUGCUAAACAAAAUCAUUAAAAAGAGGAAUGCUGCUUUUUAUUCAUUCAAUUUAAUUUAAUUUCAGAGAUUUGGGUUGGUGACCCUUUGCUCCUCAUUGGUGCAACUAGCAAUGGUGUGGUCUGUCACUAAAGACCCUUUCGCAGGCAGAUGUGAAGGUCAAGAGGCUGUGAAUGAGCUUGAAUUUCCCUAGCUCUAAACUUCAGAUGUGUAGAAUCCCUCACAAAGACUUAAAUUUAGUGUAAUUUGAUUACGAUAAGUUUAGAAUUCUUUAAAUAUAAGCUUGAUGGUGUGGUGUCAGCUGGCUCUCUGUCUUGCGCCAUUGGUCAAAUCUCAACUGUAACCAUGACAAUCAUGAUGUCACAAUUGGCAUGCGGCCAGCAGCAGUGAUUUGGUGUAAUGUUGUAAAUGAUGUUGAUGCAUUAUUGUACAGAUAGCCGUCAUUAUAUAGUGUCUGUACUUCACUUGACGCACUCUUGUCUCUUGCACAGGAAAACGGUUUGAUGUGUUUAUUUGCCCCUUUUCAUUUGUCGUGCUACUCUUUUUGUGCCAUCAAAAGAAAAGAAAAAAAAACACUUUGCUCCGAUUUGUUAAAAGAUGGAUUUUGAAUGGCUCAUAAGGACCCUGGAAGGAGCGAGCCAGUGCCUUGCAGAAGUGGACUGGUCAUGAGUUGAAACGGAAAGAGCUGAUGGAUCCUGACACACUAAUGGAUGGAUUUAGUAGGAGGAAUGAGGGGAGUAGUAAUGUCAUCCUGUCACCGAGGCCUUCAUUGCAUGGAAACAAUGUCAAUGUUGUCGUGGUGAAGUUGUUUGGUGAUGUUUGUUGUAAUGUUUCCUUUUUCCUUUCUAAUUUCCAAGCCAAAGGUUAGUUUUUAAGUUAGUCAGCACAGGUAUUACCGUUUUGUUUUUAUUCUGUUUUAUUACCCUUUUUACAUUCUUGUGUUUGGGAAAAGUUCAUGUUUACACUUGUAUCUGGACAUAUAAAAUCACAUAUAAUCUCA